UGCCACGUCAUCUGAUGUCACUGCCGCACCUGCGCAGCCAUCUUGUACUUCGAGCGAGGGGCAGAUCGGAAGACAGGAAGAAAAGCAGAACAAAAUAACAGUGUUUUGCGUUAUAUGGUCAGUAAUGUCCGUCAAGUGACUGAAUCCAACGAGAAGACAGUACUGAGGUGUGAUCGGAGGCGGUAAAUCAGAGAACGCAGCGAAAAUCAGAGAAAGUCAUCCUCUUCACCAUCGCCUCUGCUCCCAGAGAAAAGACUCCGAUCGCUUGCUGAACCCAACGACAACGACACAAACACACCAUGAAUCCGGAAUAUGACUACCUUUUCAAACUGCUCCUCAUCGGUGACUCUGGAGUCGGGAAGUCGUGUCUGCUGUUGAGAUUUGCUGAUGACACGUACACUGAGAGCUACAUCAGCACCAUAGGCGUGGACUUCAAGAUCCGCACCAUUGAACUUGAUGGCAAAACCAUUAAGCUACAGAUUUGGGACACUGCGGGGCAAGAAAGAUUUCGAACCAUCACCUCCAGUUACUAUCGAGGGGCUCACGGUAUCAUUGUGGUCUAUGAUGUCACGGAUCAGGAAUCAUAUAACAAUGUGAAACAGUGGCUACAGGAAAUAGACCGCUACGCAAGCGAGAACGUCAACAAGCUGCUUGUGGGGAACAAAUGUGACCUCACCACCAAGAAAGUAGUGGACUACACAACAGCCAAGGAAUUUGCUGACUCUUUAGCAAUCCCCUUCCUUGAGACGAGCGCUAAGAAUGCCACGAAUGUGGAGCAGGCCUUCAUGACAAUGGCUGCUGAGAUCAAGAAGCGCAUGGGCCCUGGAGCGACAAGCGGAGGAGACAAGCCCAACCUGAAGAUCGAGAGCACUCCUGUGCGGCAGUCUGGCGGCGGCUGCUGUUGAAGAGCCUGAGCGUACACACACACACACGCACACACACGUACACAACCAUCCCUUUCCCUCUUAAACGAAUUUUCUCACACACACCAAAAAAAAGCAUUCUCAAGGGAGGAACCACUGCAUUAAGAGCCAACGUCUAACAGCCUUAUGGCUUCAUUUAUGACAACAUAGUCUUCAUGUUUUUAUUCUCCUUAGCCAUUCCUUUUGUGUAAGACACCUCACCUCUUUUUCCUCCCUGUGCACAUUAAUAACCCUGCCCAAGUCCAUAUCCCCGCCCUCUGUACUUAAAGUCCAGGAUGGAGCUUUAGUACAGUCAUAUGUCCAUGUAUAGAAACAAAUGAGAGCAGAUCUAGGGGCGAUUCUCAAAUCCUCCUUUUAAACAACUAGCGAGGUUGUGUUAAGAACGUUAACCUAUCUCUGUAGUAUUUCUAAUUCUCUCACACGUCGUCACUUGAAUGAGGUUUUGUUGGCGAAAGCAUGGCUUCUGAUGCCGAAUCAACAGGAAGUCAACUGCAAACAAGUCGGCAAUAUUCUAUAGUUGUUCUCAUCCUAUUAGUAUAUUAUUGUUAUGGUGAUUUUUAAGACUGAUUUUUUUUUUCUAAUGAAGCCUUGUACAAAGGCUUACUGCUGUCAUUGAUGUAGUUUGGUCGGGGAAGGGACGGAUAGGGAUGUUUUUUUUUGUUCAUAAUGGAUUUGGGGGGGUCUAGGCUUUAGGCUGGUCGAUGAAAGCUACUGUUCCCUCUAUUACCUCAGUGACCUCUGCUACUUUUGAGUGUUCGGCCAUCGCAGGUUCAAAAUGAAUGCACGAACACCAUCUCGACAUGUUGAGGUUGUUUCUUAAUGUAGUCAACAGUUUUGUGGCUUUGGUUUGAAACCUCAGAUCUAUAAUUUAGUGUCGUUUUACCAUCUUAUUGAGCCAGACUUCCAAUCCGUAGUCGUCGCUGCUGCCAAAAACUGUGCGUGUGCUUUGUAUUUAUUUAAAUACGGUAAAUAUAUUUGCAUAUUUGUGAAGGGCCUUAAUUUCGCCACCAAUGAAAGCAUGGUAGUUCCAUGGAUCCGGUUCAGUGUGCUAUGUGUUUGUGUGGGAAUAUUGUGUAUUACAUCUAGGAAUAUUGGGAUUGACUGGUCCAGUGUAGGAGACCGGAUAUGACCUCCCAUGUUUCCAUGAAACAUAUUCGUACACCUAGCUUUCAAAUCUACCUACAGAUAGAUCUUUAAAGGUCUAGAAGCUCAUUCAGAUGUGAUCAAAGAGAUUUAUAUGGAUCCUGCACUCUUCUCCACAUAGUUACAACUCAAUCUUACCAGCAUUUUCAAAAAAAACUGCAAAUGAUUGGUCUGAAGACAGUGUUUUUGACCUGGCUGUUUUAUUAUGUACUACGUGGAUCUAGAAACCGUAGAUAGAGUUUGUGAACUUCACUAGUAUUAGUGCGUCACUUGAUCUUAACUAGUCUCACCAUUGUGAUAUUAUAUCACUUUCGCUCACUGAGCCAGUGUAAUCUCGUUUUUACACCACUAACAUGCAAUGCUAACGUAACCACACAUUCUUGUCUAUAAUAUUGUGUGCUUGUACUAUUUAGUAAGUGAACUGGUAAUGUGGGGUUGGAGGGAGCAGUAGCAGGGAUAUGGGUGCGUGUGCAAUGGCUGGGAAGGAGGGAUGGGCAAGAGGCAACUGCGUUUGGGAACAUUCCUUUGAUUUUAAAACCGGUCCGUGUCGUGGAUCCCACGUUACAUCUGUGUGAAAAUAAAGUCUCAUUUAAACCCUGCACUCAUGCACACACUAAACAAGUGCUUUUUUGGGAUGCGUUCGGAAGGGUCAUUGUUUUCUCAGAACGCCUGCUGUCUUUUGAUCUAUGAAUUAUGUGGUAAUGUGUGGGGAUCGCGGAAAGAUGAAAGGUAUGGGGUGGGGGGUGGUUACUUAUGAAUGUGAUGGAGCGUUCUUAUGCUUUUUGUCUUUUUACUUUUUACCCAUGUCAUUUGCACAUCUCAUUUUUUUGAUUUAAGACACGGCGAUGGUAAAAUGGCAAGCACCUCUUUAGCAGUUUCCUUCUCUAAUAUACGCGCUCUUUCUCUAUCGCCCUUUGCUUGCUCACCCCGGUGCUGUUUCAUUGCUGGGUUUGAUCUUGUUUUCUCUUCUCUGUACAUAUUAUAAAUAUAUAUAAUAAAAUGAUCAACAUGAGACUUAAA